UCACGUUUCAGAAAGGGUAGCUCCCUUCUAGGACUAACACAAUAGACCGAGAAAGAGAUUUCCGCCGACCACUCCAAAACAGUGACGGCAAGUUGGCGACGAGUUCCGUUUGGUUUGCACCAUGGAAAGAAAUUUUAGCGUUUCUGGCGUAGGGAACCAGUUUUCCCCUCAUUAUUACGUUUACAUCUCUUCCUUCUCAUUGGUUCAAAUUCCCUGACUACUCCUUGGAACUUAUCGGUUAAGAUCUUGGCCACCAAAAAUACUAGUCUUUGUAUGCCAAGCACGGACACAUUCUCAAUCGGCAGUAAAGAUCCUGCAGCGCUACCUUGUGUAGAAAACACCAUCCAUUACUCAAGGGUGGGGCUUAUGUGCGGUGUUAUGUUUUCAAGUGUCAAUCUUGCUUUUCAUCAAACAUUAGUCGAAACCUUACUCGUUGGUCGAAACUGAUGUAACAUUAAAAGAAAAAUAUUCAUUUGCUUUUGCAUUCUUCAACUCAUUACAAUAAAUUGAAUGACAAUAUUUAUUAAAAAAAAGAAAAGGACAUUUUCUUUUAUUGAAGUUUCUGUAAUGAAAAGAGAAGUGGCCAUCGAUGCAAUCACGAAAAAACCAUGAUAAAUCCACAAAAGUUCCUAAAGAGGCAGACAUUCAAGUCUCUGGGCUUAGCGUCGUGAUAGGCCAGGGAAAAGUGAAUUCAACUGAUAAAAAUAAGCAGACCACUUCAAAAGUUGCAUCUAAAACCCAAUCAAAAGCAUCUCCUCGAAGAAAGUUUCAAACAAGAGCAGAUGAUAUAAAAAAUGUCCAGGGAGGAGGAUCUCUGCACAGAAACCAGUCCCCAUCUCCAUCCAGAGGAUCCAGCCGAGCAUCAUCCAGCCCUGUGUCCUCGACAUCUUACGAUGCCUGCACUUCUCUGUCAAAGGUGGAGGACACGGCGACAUCUACAUCGAUUUCAUCCUCCCCUGUCAAUGCCUCCUCUUACAGGUCACAGUGGGUCCUUUCUAGGAAAUUAUCUGGAAGGUCUAGAUUUAGUGAAAUACAAGGUAAAUCCAAGGUAGCCAUCCGAGUUAGCGAUGACGGGAAAAUUUACGUUAGGAGGUCAUUGGAGGACAAAACUCUGGACCCUGAUCGUCUUUUGAUUGACAGGUGUAGUUUAUCUCGGUUCCCCAUUAUCGAAGGUGAGGAGCAACUUCAUCUACUUAAUUUGCAACUCAACCAUAUUCCUGUGAUUGAAAACCUAGAAGCGUUUUCAAACCUGAAGUUCCUUGAUUUAUCUGAAAAUAUGUUGGAGCACAUUAGUGGCUUAGACUCUCUACUUUCUCUCAGGAUGCUGAUGUUGGCUAAAAAUAGAAUCAAUUAUAUUGAUGGUCUACAGGCAUUACACCAUCUUGAUGUUCUUGAUCUAAGUGGAAAUGAGAUUAGAGAAAUAGCAAAUAUCAGUCACCUUCAAGAACUGAGAGUGCUAAAUCUUUCUUCAAAUCAAAUUUCUAUUAUGAGUGGUUUGAGAGGACUCAAAUCGUUGAUUGAGUUGAAUUUGUCCAAGAACUUAAUUACUGAAGUUUGUGAAGUGGAUGUCUUACCAAGAUUACAAAGGCUUUUUCUCUCACAAAACGCACUUGAAAGGUUUGAAGAUAUGUACUGUGUGAGCAAUGUUCCUUUGCUUUGUGAUUUAACUUUAGAAGGUUGCCCUUUAACUGCUAUACCAAAUUAUCGCCACCUCAUUUUACAUAACAUUCCUCAGCUGAAGGUGCUGGACACAAGACGAGCUUUGGAUGAAGAAAGACGCACAGCACAUGCCUUAAUGCGAAAGGAAGAGCAAAGAAGACAGGAAGGGAUCAGGCAAGCCAAAGUUAAAGAAGCUAAGGAGAAAGCUAUAACAACUGCACGCCAACUGUGGGAGACGUCUUGCAAAGAACCAACUCCCAGGGAAUUGCCUUCUUCUGCAGUGUCCUCAUCAAUAGCGUCUGCAGUUCCAUUGCAUUUAUUAGCGUCCAGGUACAGCCGAUCUUUCAGUGAAGAGGAAGAAGAUAUGUUCUGCUCUUGUUGUGGUGGACAGGGCGUGGAUUGCAGUGAAUGUGACAGUGCAAAAUCAAAAGUUGUAUCCAAUGGUAUAGUACAAAAGUCUAAGAAACCCAAACUAAAAUCUCAGAAAAGGGACUCGAAAAGUAAAAAAUUGAAGCCUUCUUUAUCCCUUGACUUGGAGGUAGCUGAUUCAAAGCUAACUUAUCUGGCUGAAGUAGAGUUUAGCAAUCUGAAACUUUAUGGUCCUGGUGCUGUGGCUGCAACUGUGAGCAAUACCUGGGCUCCUCAGACUGUCUCCUUGAUUCACGCCGUGUGCUUCCAUUUCAUCAUUUUUGACGAUAUUGCUUAUCUGCUUGGCAAAAUGAAAACUCAAUUUCCUAACAUUGAAGCUGCUUCAUUUGAAUGUGCUUGUUUAGAGACUCUGUCCCAGUUGAAUGCAUUGGGACAAAUUCCUGGCCUUAAAAAUCUAGUUAUUGAAAAUGAAGGAAAUCCAGUUUUGCAGCUUUCACUUUGGAGGACGUAUGCUGUUUAUCGACUAAGUCCAGCUAUAGAACAGAUAAAUGGAUCUAUGGUAACAGAAUUAGAAAGAAUAAAAGCUGAAGAGAUAUUUGGAGGCCUUGGAUUUGCUGCUUCAUUGUUGCUGCCAAAGUAUAGGUUAUCUUCUUUGUUAAAUAGUCCUCGAGUGAAGCAAAUGUUCUUGAAAGAGAAGGGUUAUUCUCCAAACAGUUUGCAGCGACAACCUGAUUCUCAAGUUGCAGCAGAAGUAAUGAAAGCAGCCUUCACUUACAAUCCUGAUUUCGAAUAUUCUUUACCUGGAUGUAAAAUGACCGCCACAAAAGUUUUUGAGAAGAACAUGAAGUGCGUGGAGGAGAUUCGGAAGAAGCGUUUAGUCUUUCAGCGGCUCUGGCCGUCCAUGUUUUUAGAAAUAGUAAAUGACGCUUUAGAAGAUUAUAUUGACCUCAAUCGCCAUAUGAAACUGUCCAUGCAAAGCUUGCUAAAAAAGUGCAAAUCUUUAGAUGAAAGCAGCAUUGGUUGAAUUUUUACUACUGCAACAUUUUGUAACAAAAAGAAUUCUCGUCUAGUCAAUUUAGAUUUGUUUUUACUCACUCUUUCAUAUCAAGCGAAAUUUGGACUUUUUUGGACAAUCAACAUUCUAUAGAGUUAAACAACCACUGACUCUUCUAUUUCAGGUUAUAACACUCCAAAAAUCUUAUAUUUAUAUAUAUGUAUAUAUAUAUAUAUAUACAUAUAUAUAUAUACACAUAAAUACAUAUAUAUAU